CUAGGUGUGAACUGAGUGUCCAGAGUGGGCCAGUGUAGUGGAAUUUUGGGAUGCUAGGGACAAGCAAUCUCUGCACUUUCGGUGUUUGUAGAACUUUGAUCGCUCGGCUGCUUCAAAUCCUAUAUAUAAGACAUUUCUUCCACCUCUAUUUUUACUCUACUCAACUUCUCCCUCUUCUUUCUUCAGAAACAUACCAGUCUUCUUUUUAAAUAUUUCUUUUUCUUUACCAUACAGAAAGGGUCCAGUUCUAGGGCCAUCUAUUCAAAAUUUACAGUCUUUUUCUUAGUGAUUUUUGAAUGGUUUUGGCUUCUGGGUACUGCAAUAGGUUCCAAUUUUGGAAGUUCUAACUAGUUUUCAGAUAACUUCCUUUCCUUUUUUUUUUUUUCUUUUUUCUUUUGGUAACUGCAUAAUUCUGGGUAUUGCCUGAAUUCGAGGUUUUCUUUUUCCUUUUCUGUUAGCUUCAAUCUUAAAAUCCGUGGACUUAAAAUUUGAGGGGGAGUUGGUGGCGGCUACAAUUUUGAUCAUAAGAAGUUCAAGUUUCAAAGGAAAAUGGUUAUGCGGUAUAAUGGGUGCAUCCUGUGGAAGUUGUACCUAAUACUUUGCAAAAAAUCAAGUGUUGAUAAAAGCUUCUAUUUUUGGAUUUUUCAGAUCUUUAAUAGGUAUUCCCUGGGUACUUAGCUGCGACGAACCUUCAUUCUCUAUUACUUCGUCUUAUUCUGUUUUCCCCUGUUUCUGCAAUUAGCAUUUUUAGUUUUAAAGAACUAGAACUAGUUAGAUUGGGAUAAUGGGAGGGGCUUCACUGCCACCAGGUUUUCGAUUCCAUCCGACUGAUGAAGAAUUAGUUGGAUAUUACCUUCAUAGAAAAGUUCAGAAGCUUGAAAUCGAGCUCGAAGUGAUUCCUGUAAUCGAUUUGUACAAAUUUGAUCCUUGGGAGUUGCCAGAGAAGUCAUUCCUUCCGCAACGAGACAUGGAAUGGUUCUUCUUCUGUCCGAGGGAUCGAAAGUAUCCAAACGGUUCAAGAACAAAUAGAGCCACUAAAGCUGGUUACUGGAAAGCUACUGGUAAAGACAGAAAAGUUGUCUGUCAAUCUGCUUUAACUGGGUAUAGAAAGACCCUGGUUUUCUACCGCGGAAGGGCUCCUUUAGGGGAUAGAACCGACUGGGUCAUGCAUGAGUAUCGACUCUGCGAUGAUGGUUCUCAGGGAUCAUCAAAUUUUCAGGGGGCUUUUGCUUUAUGCCGUGUGGUUAAAAAGAAUGAGCAAGCGCAUAAGACGAAUGAUUCAAAUGGAGAGCCUAAAGCGACGGUGGUCGGAGGCAGCUCGAGCAAUGCAGAUUUCACCUCAACAGUUAUCUCGAACGGGCAGUGGAGCAUCUCUAAUGACAUUUCUUCUCAACCAAGUUAUUUGUAUAACGAGAGUCACCACUCAAGCCCUAUUGCUUCUCCUUAUCAAGUCACACCAAUGUCUGAAUGUGAACCUCGUUCGACGGAGAGCAAUCCUUCUAGCCUUUGGGUCUCACCUGAUCUUAUUCUUGAUUCUUCUAAGAAUUAUCCACAAGUAUCUCAAUACUUUCCACUGUAUGAGUAUCCAAGCUCUAUGACAACAUGGCAACCACAUGAAGAUAGAGAGUUCUCAUCAAGUUCAUUAUACCCAAAUUUUACUGGAGAUAUUGAACCUGUUGAUGAUCUCAGUCGCAUUGGCUGCAUGUCACCUUACUCAGCAGGGCAUGGAAAUUACAUGGAUUUAAGUGGAAAUGAGGAUAUGCCUUACGAAGGGUGUGAGCCUUGGGAUCAAGCUCCAAUCUGCAGACAAACUAGCGGAGAUGGAAGUUUUGGGGAAUACGGCGGUCUUUGGUCUCAAGAAGACAACAUGGUGAUUGUGAUAUAGAGUUUUAUCUUUGAGUAGUGCCACUAAGAAGAAAAGAAAAAGGGUCUCCAAGACAACGCCUUUUACAGUUUGUUCUUGGAAGGGAAAAUAAAGAGUAAAUUAAACUCCUUCCUUCUGUAUUAAGUUGAGCUAGUCUUGCUGUUAGGGACUCUUAAGUUGUGUUGGCUAUUGGAUUGGAACUGGUUUAUUUGCCAAAAAUAUUUGGUCGAGUUCUCGUUUACUUUGUUAGGUUUUACCCUCCUGUUAGUGAUCGCUUUUAUAGAUUGCAUCAGGAGUUGGUUUAAUUUCUGUUAUGAACUGCCAUUUUCUAUGGCUAUGGAAAAUAAACUUCUUGCAUAUUGCGAUC